GGGAAAGGAGGCCCAGACCUGGCAUUUUCAGGUGUUUUCAUUUGGUGAUCAGGACGGAACACACAGGACUCACCAUGGAGCCAUGGCUGAGCUGGGUUUUUCUUGUUGCUAUUUUAAAAGGUGUCCAGUGUGAGGUGCAGCUGGUAGAGUCUGGGGGAGGCUUGGUCCAGCCUGGCGGGUCCCUGAGACUCUCCUGUGCAGCCUCUGGAUUCACCUUCAGUGACUACUGGAUGUACUGGGUCCGCCAGGCUCCAGGGAAGGGGCUGGAGUGGGUCUCAAGUAUUAGUGGUAGCAGUAGUAGCACAUACUACCCAGACUCUGUCAAGGGCCGAUUCACCAUCUCCAGAGACAACGCCAAGAACACGCUGUAUCUGCAAAUGAACAGCCUGAGAGCUGAGGACACGGCUGUCUAUUACUGUGCGAGAGACACAGUGAGGGGAAGUCAGUGUGAGCCCAGACACAAACCUCCCUGCAGAAACGCAGGGAAAAUCAGCUGCAGGGGGCACUCAGGACCCACUGAUCAGAGUCAAUCCCAGAGGGUUGACAAGCUACAGAAGGACAUGACACUUUUCUCAUGUUGCUCAGAACCUGUGCAUGCCGACAGCUAUGAUUCCCGGUGCACUCCCGGCCUGGUGGAGCCCUCACAGACCCUCUCCCUCACCUGUGCCAUGUCUGCUUCUUCAUCACAACCAGUGCUUCCUGCUAGAGCUGCGUCAUCAGCGCCCCAGGGAAGGGACUGGAGUGAAUCAGGUGCCCAGGUCAUGAGGGAGUGCACAUUCCAACCCACUCCUCAGGAGUCCAGUCACCAUCUCCAGAUCCACAUCCAAAAAACAGUUUUUCCUACAGCUGAGCUCCCUGAGCAACGAGUACACGACCACGGAUUUUUACACAAAAGACACAGCGAGGGGAAAACAUCGUGA